UAAUGCUAAUGUGUUUGUGAUGACAGGAGGAGCCGAGGGCUGAUGAAGCAGCAGGUGAAUCAGUUAGUUUUUUGUUUAUUACCGUCUCACCUGUUUAACAGUUAAACAACAUUGAGCAGAAAUGUAGCGCUGUACACGACUAGUUCCGCUUUUCAAAUAAAAACAAUAACAAUAGAGAAGAGGGGAGAAAAAGACGAUACCACGCCGCCGGAGCCCGUGUUUAGCAGUUGCUGUAAGCGGAGGAUCCUCGUAGUCGGAGCCAUGUCGGCGGAGGAGAUUCUGUGCAACACUCAGCAGGUGAUCGCCGGCCUGGAGGCGCUGAGAGGAGAGAACCGCAGUCUGCUGGAGAAUCUGCAGGAGGAGAUGGAGAGCGGCAGUGUGGAGCAGGAGAAGAGCGGCAUCGUCCGCCAAUCACUGGAGCGGAUCGAGCUGGGCCUGAGCGAGGCGAAGGUGAUGAUGGCGUUGUCGGCUCAUCUGGGUUCACUGGAGGCGGAGAAACAGAAACUACGUGCUCAGGUGCGGCGUCUCUGUCAGGAGAACCAGUGGCUGAGGGACGAGCUGGCCGGUGCUCAGCAGCGGCUGCAGGACCGAGAGCAGGUGGUGGUCACCCUCGAGGAACAGAACAGACACCUGCAGUUCAUGUCCUCCAUACGCAAAUACGACCUGGAGGAGCCGCAGCUGGAAGACAAAGACACGUCUUCCACCAAAGAGUCUCUGGAUGACCUUUUUCCUACUGAGGACGAAGAACCGUCGCAGAUGUCCCAGCCUCAUCACAGCAGUGCAGCAGCCGCAGCCCAGCAGGGCGGCUACGAGAUCCCCGCCCGCCUUCGCACACUCCACAACCUUGUCAUCCAGUAUGCAUCCCAAGGUCGAUACGAGGUCGCCGUGCCACUCUGCAAACAGGCUUUGGAAGAUCUGGAGAAAUCGUCAGGCCACACCCACCCGGACGUGGCCACCAUGCUGAACAUACUUGCGCUGGUGUACAGAGAUCAGAACAAAUACAAAGAGGCAGCCAACCUGUUGAAUGACGCGUUGGCCAUCAGAGAAAAAACUCUUGGAAUGGACCACCCAGCUGUGGCAGCAACGCUCAACAACCUGGCAGUGCUUUAUGGGAAAAGAGGGAAAUACAAGGAAGCGGAGCCGCUGUGUAAAAGAGCUCUGGAGAUCAGAGAGAAGGUUCUGGGCACAGACCACCCGGAUGUGGCCAAGCAGCUGAACAACCUGGCUCUGCUGUGUCAGAACCAAGGGAAAUACCAGGAGGUGGAGCAGUACUACGAGCGCGCUCUGGACAUCUACCAGAGCAAACUGGGCCCAGACGACGCCAACGUGGCCAAGACCAAGAACAACUUGGCGUCAUGCUAUCUGAAGCAGGGGAAGUACAGGCAGGCUGAAGCCCUUUACAAGGAGAUUCUGACCAGAGCCCACGAAAAGGAGUUUGGCUCUGUAGAAGGCGAUGGUCGUCCCAGCUGGUCCAGCGCGGAGGACACCGGCUGCGGACAGGAUGGACUCAGUAACCUGAAGCGCAGCGGCUCCUUCACCAAACUCAGAGAGUCGAUUCGUAGAAGCAGCGAGAAACUGGUCCGCAAGCUGAAAGGAGUCGGAAUGGAGGAAACUACCCCGAGGAAUGCUGGAAUGAAGAGGGCGAAGUCUCUGAAUGUGUUGAAUGUGGGAGCCAUUGAGAGUCCGGAUGGGGCCCAGCAGUCGACCUGUUUGACAGAAGUUCGCGCCCUGAGCUGCAGCACACAGAGCUUGACCAGAAGAGGUUCGCUCGGUGGAUCCAGCUAACACACACUGGAAAAAUGUACACGAAUAUAUCCUACACCACCGUGGAGGCCCCACCGUGGGUCCCCUUAGAGAAAUCGAAGAUAGUUGUGGAGAUGGUCAAAAAUCUCAUUUAUUUACUAAAAGUAACGGUAAAUGAAAGGAUUUCUUGGCUAUUGAAGUGUCUCCAACAGUGUGCUCACACACAUAUCUAUAUUGCACUAUAACCUUUCCUUCCUGUUCACUUGAAACUCAAUAUCAUUCCUUUCUGAAUUUAGGUUAGAAACAAGCAGUUUCCUCAGAAUUUAGAAGAAAAGAAUCAUGUUUGACUAUUUAAACUACACAAGAAUUUAUACCGUUUACAAGGGGAUUUCUUAAAGAUAAAUAGGCACAUUACAGAUUAUCUUUUUGAAAUGUGUUGACUAUAAAAAUGUAAUUGUUACACUUGAUUUAAGACGAGGAUGUUGUGCUAAAGUUUAAACUCAUUUACCGUAGAUGUGUGUUGCCGUUACAAUGAGAACGUCACUCCGCUUAUAGAAUUUGUGUCAAAGCAAAUCAUAAAACUACAAGUGCGUUCAUUUGAGCUGUUUUACGAAGGUCCAGUUUUCACAUUACAGGAAUACAUUUAAUUUUAAUUAAGACAAAAACGCCUCUUGCACAUAAUGAAUGCAAAUAUCUGACAUGUUAGAUGGUAUUUUUCCUAAAAUAAAUGAUAUUUUUGCACAUUUUCAGUUCCCAAUAAUAACACAUUGUAUUUUAGCGCUUUGAGUGGUCAGAAGACUAGAAAUACGCUAUACAAGUACAGUAUUUAUAGAUAUAUUUUCAUUGCACUAAAGUCACAACACAUUUUUCUGAAGUCGUCAGGAUAAGUUGUUUCAUGCCUGAGUCAGUCGGAGCUCAACAUUGUUCAUUUUAACAUAAUCCACAAACAUUUCCUGAAAUCGCUGAAUUGAGCCGUUUACUCAGACACACAUUUCUGCUGUCAAACGCUGACAUAUAACGCUAAUGGUGAACCUGUUACUGUCAAACCACAGAUACAAAGUCCUGUAGACCCUAACGGCCGUAGAGACGAGCUCAACUAACGUGUCUAUUUUGUUUACGCUUGUUACCUGAAAUCAACUCACUAAUAUACAUUAAUGAAAUAGCUUAUAAUGUCCGGUGUAUUUGUGCUCUUUUUUUAGUUUGUUAUAACCAUCAUUACUUUAACUAGUUGUUUUAAAGUUAAUAUGCAAUAGCAAUAAAUAACUUAUUUUAAAAACUUCAUCUUUAAGAAUGCUGAAAGUAGAGAUACUGAUUUAAUGACAUGACAUUUUUCCACAAAACUCCGAUCUUACAUUUUAUCUUCAAACAUUGUAUAUUAUCAUUUUAAAGAUGCAUUUUCCAUGACGUAGAACUGCAUUUGCUGUGGUAGAGAAUGGGAUCAUUAGUUUACUCUAGAAACUACAGUGUUUAUGAAAAACAUUACAUCUAAAAUGGGGAGAAUUUGAAAUAUUAAUCUCAUGAUAUUGUGUAUUUGGUAAAUGAACGUUUAUUUUAUAUUUGAGCUGAAAUAAAAUUACUAAAGGUC